CGGUACCGGUCUUCCUUCUUCGAGCCCGGAAUGCAGACCUCAAAUUAGUUGGGCUUGGGUAUCAUCUUAGCCGGUCGAGAGAACUAAAAGUCCAACCAUAUUAUACGGAACGCGAUCCGGUUAAUUAUGUCUUCCCGGCCGAUUUGCUACGGGAGAAAGGCACGGCACAAGAAGAUCGGAGCAAGGCGUAGCACAUUCCGAAGGUAAACUGUCUUAUUCCACCGAAGUGGCGCCGGCUUGGAGUUCCACGGCAGCUCCUCCGACCAGCCUUCGAAAACAAUGGCAACUUUUGUUCCUCCGAGCAGUGAAUUACGGUUGGUUCAUAGCAUCUGUGGGGUGGUGGUAAAGGGAUGCUGGGGCAAUCUCCUGAAACCGAAGAUUGACACGAAUCUCACUGCAAUUAGGCUCCGAGAGGUACUCCUGCAACUCUCUGCGUAUAGCUACAGUCCCUGUCUUGCGUGGGAGUUGUUUCGGUGGAUUGAGUCGUCCAUUCCGAACUAUAAGCACCCCGUACAAUCCUCAUGGACUAUGAUACACAUAUUAACCAAGUACAAACACUUCAAGACUGCACACCACCUGCUCGAGAAAAUAGCUCACAAGGAUUUCUUGUCGAGCCCUUCCGUGUUAACUGCUUUGGUGAGGACUCAUGAUGACCCGGAUGUGAAUUCCCACGUUUUGAGCUGGCUUGUGAUAGUGUAUGGUAAUUCCAGGAUGACCCAUGAGGCAGUGCAGGUUUUCGAGCACAUGAGGGCCAGUGGCUUCAGGCUGCAUUUGCAUGCCUGCACCGUGUUGUUGAAUGCUUUGGUUAAGGAUAAGUUAACUGAUAUGGUGUGGAAAGUCUAUAAGAAAAUGGUUAAAGUUGGUGUAGUCGCCAAUGUCCAUGUUUUCAAUGUGUUGAUUCAUGCUUGUUGCAAGUCUGGGGAUGCGGAGAAGGCAGAGAAGUUGUUGACUGAAAUGGAGUUGGAUGGUGUUUUACCUGAUCUUUUCACUUUCAAUACCCUUAUUUCCUUGUAUAGUAAAAAGGGGAUGCACUAUGAAGCUUUGUCCGUUCAAGAUAGGAUGGAAAGGGCUGGGAUUGCUCCUGAUAUUGUUACUUAUAAUUCUCUGAUCUAUGCAUACAGUAGAGAAGGUAGAAUGAGGGAGGCUAUGAGGCUUUUGAAGGAAAUUAAAGAUGCAGUCCCCAACAAUGUGACUUAUACUACUGUAAUUGAUGGAUACUGUAGGCUGAAUGACCUUGAGUCUGCCUUGAGUUUGCGAGAUUCCAUGGCUGAUAAAGGGCUCUAUCCCACAGUUGUCACUUAUAAUUCAAUUCUCCGCAAGUUGUGUGAGGGAGGCAGGAUAAGGGAUGCAAAUAAACUCUUGAUUGAGAUGGGCGAAAGAAAUGUCGAACCAGAUAAUGUUACAUGCAACACCUUAAUCAAUGCGUACUGUAAAAUAGGAGAUAUGGCAUCAGCUUUGAAGGUGAAAGAUAAGAUGAUUGGAGCAGGUUUGAAGCUUGACCAGUUUACAUACAAGGCAUUGAUCCAUGGGUUCUGCAAGGCACGAGAUAUGAAAUGCGCUAAAGAGUACUUAUUCAGCAUGCUUAGUGCUGGCUUUCCUCCUAGCUACUGCACCUAUUCAUGGUUUGUUGAUGUUCAUUGUGAUCACCAGAAGGAAGAGGAGAUUAUCAAACUCCCUGAUGAAUUUGUGAAUAAAGGUCUGUGUGUCGAUGUUUCGCUGUACAGGGCACUAAUAAGGAGGUUUUGUAAAAGAGAGAAAGUUGAUUGUGCUAAGAAAAUAUUUGGUCUUAUGAAAGAGAAAGGCAUAUCAGGGGAUAGUGUGAUAUAUACCAGUUUAGCGUAUGCACAAUGGAAAUCAGGUAACGUGAGCGUUGCUUCAGAUCUGUUGGAUGAAAUGUACAAGAAAAGGCUGAUGAUUACUCUAAAACUGUAUCGGAGCUUCAGUGCUUCUUUUGCUGGCGAUGACAAGAUCUUAGGUCUCUUCUGGAGUCAUGUGGUUGAUAGGCAUCUUAUGUCAAAGAACACGCUGAAAGAUCUUCAGUAACAGAGCAUGUGUCCAUAAGGAGAUCUAAAAGUCCUAAAGUAGCCAGUUCUAGCUUUAAAUUCCACCUUAAGGUAAUUCUGCAAGUUCCUUAUCAUUUGAUUCAUUUCAUGAACUGUUUGGGUUGUACGGGUUGGUCAAACAAUGGUUAUAAUGACAAUCCUUAAGGAGACAUACCUGGAUAUUCUCAAUAAUUUCAGGUUUGGAGCUCAGAGACAGGGUCUCUUUCUGCUAAUCUAGAUGAUGCUUUCUGAGGAUCACCUAGAAAAUAUCUGAAUUUUCACAUUUCGCUUCCCUGUGUUAAGGAUACAUGUUUUUCAGUAAAGACAAUCCCUGCAACUAGUCUACCAAAUUCUUUCGUUUAUAUUUUACUUUUUUAAUUCUGUAAAUAUUAAUGCAUCCCAUUAGUUUAUAUAUUCGUCUUUGAUAACUUUUUCCUCAAGCAAGUGGGUCUUUUGAAAAGCAAUAAAAUCUGUAACUGUUAAUUCUUUCGUUUAUAUUUUACUUUCUUAAUUCUGUAAAUAUUAAUGCAUCCCAUCGGUUUAUAUAUUCGUCUUUGAUAACUUUUUCCUCAAGCAACUGAGUCUUUUGAAAAGCUAUAAAAUCUGUAACUGUUAAGAAUAGAACUUAUCAUCGUGAAUUAUGUUUACGCUUUAUUCUCCUCAUGUGAGUGUAGGUGUCUGGAGUCGAGCAAAUCUAAAUGGCGAAGCCUGCAAAACCACACAUAUUGCAAAGCAGCAAUAUCUGUGAGGCAAUCCUUCAAGUGGCAGCUCUUGCGGGGCUUAUAGUAGUGGUACUACGGUUGCUCUCAUCACAAGCCUGCUGUUCAUAAGACUGAUCUUAGCAAGGGCGAGGGUUCUUGUCUUCCCAGUGGCUGACUCUUUGGAUUUUGCUGCUCACUGUUUACAGUACAGUAGUGUCAAUUCCCCAAGGACAUUAUUCCUUUCCUCCUAAGCUUGUUGUUGGGACUGAACACAGCACUUAAUCAGGUACGCAAUAUUAAUUAGUAGUAUUUAUUAUAUAUACCAGCUCAUCACCGCAUACAGCUUAACUUUAUUGAGAGUCAGUAAUUAGAUCUUAGGUGUUUCAGCCAUGCUCAGCAAAUCCUGAAAUGAAUGCUGGCUUAAGUAGGAAACAUGAACUAGAAACCGUUUCUUCUGGGCCUUCCCAACAUAUACCGCGAGGAAACCUUUUGGCACAUCUUGAAGCGUAGAUCUUGAUUUGUUUGAGCCAGAACCUGAUCAUCGGAGAAUUUGCCUAGCAAGAUUAUCAGGUAAGCCAAUAGCCAUUAUCUUUCUUUGCUCAAGAAACUGAUAUCAAAGAAAUGAAGAGAAAGAUGUACAAUUAGAACUUUAGUACUUAAUUUGUGUUGAUUCUGUGCCGAAGUUCAUAAGGACCAAUAUAAUAGACAGAUUCUUGCUUCCUUUUCUUCUCCAAUUUGGGGCCCUGACCCAAAACCUGGUUCAAACAUAUUUCAUGAGGUGUCGCAUGAUCCUGUCUUCCAAUGAUGGAACAAAUUGUAGUGUCGGAGAGGAGGGUACGUGCCCUACUGGUAGAUGAGUAGGCCAAUGGAUGAUGGCAUAACCGUUGGAAAUUAGACAUCCAUAUAUUGAUAAUGAGGUUGCUAGGUAAAUCAAUUUGUCCACAUCUAUUGGCGACAUGCUUGAGACAAGUUAGAUAGAAGUACAGCUUAUAAGAGAAAGUGGGUCUCAAGGUAGAAGGAAGAUGAAGUUAGGAUCUGGUAGAUGUGGCAUCUAGUGGCAGAAACAGAAUCAAUAAAGGCGAAAUAUUUGACUUGAACAUUGCAUUUUAGAAUCCAUCUGAACAUGAAGUUUAGGGAACUGUUUUUUUGGUUGCGCGGAAAGGUGGACACAAAAUGUCAUUAGUUACUCAUGGGCUACUCUUGGGGCUAAAAAACCCAAUAAUGUUACCAAAAACUACAAAAUCAAUGCCGCAAGCGGAGAUCGUGAACAUCUAGGGGAGAGAGAUCAGAGCCUGCACGAGCAAGGAGAUCAGCUCGUGGGCAUAACUUAUAGUAUGGUGACAUAUCAUAAAGAGAAAUGUUGUUUUUUUGUUGUUGUUUAGCAUUAUCUAUUGGGGCUUUCAAAUCACCUCGACGAACAACCAAAACGAUGCUGCUUGUGGGGUUCUGUUUAUUGCCAUCGAGCAGGGUCCUUGGGUCCAAGUAAGCUUCCCUAUAAUCCUAAAACAGAGAAAAAGCUGGAUUUGGUUCUGGCUAGGAGAGCACAAAUAAACCUUGAAUCUCAUCUAAACAUCAGAGACAUAGUUUUCCCUCAGCUAGGUGGUGUGUUGUCCUGAACUAUAAAAAAGAACCACAUAUUCAGCAUUUUCCAUACAAAGGUUUUUGCUUGUUAAUAAUACAUUUUAGUGGGGCUGUUCUUCAGAUCUCUUGUUUCUCCAUAAUGGUAUCAUAAGUUGGAUCAAAAGUGAGGAAAUGACCACAUUCAGACGCCUUGUAGUUUAUAAUUAGUAAAACAGAGUAGUGUAAUUUUAUGCUGGUAAUAACCAAAAUAUAAUAAUAAAGCGUGCAGCAUAAUUAUAUGCCAGAGUAUGUUUUUGCUUUGGUGGAGAUUCAUGUUGUCUAGGACAAAAAAUGAAAGUUGAAGAGCUGCAUAAUUGUGGUUAUCAUUUAUAGAGUAACUUGAAUUGGUUUCUGAAACCCAACUUUCAUCCGCUGUUGAUUUGUUUAGUUCAUUAGGUGGAGAAACACUGGCUAUAAAGAUAAUGCUCUUGGUUCACAAUACAGUGCUGAAGGUGUUUAGAUAUAGUUGAGAUGCUACUAUUUAGCUAUGUUCUUGCACAUGUGGGCAGUUAGAAGAAAGUCUGGUUUCUUUGAUGAAGAGUCAUUGCUAGUUCUCAUUAAUCUAGAAUCUGAAAUUCAAGCUGUUACAUUGAAAUGGCUGUUGAGGCCAUAAAAAAAAGUUGUCAUCUAACUAAACUCAUCAGCCUUCUGGAAAUCUCUUAUGAUCUACACAAGCUGGAAGUUACAGAAAUGAACAUCUCUUCUUUACAUGGAAUCGUCAGUCUCCCCAUGGGAUGGUUGAAACCAAAUUCUUCUUCUGCUAACCGCAGCAAAACUUGGAAUGAUGGGCUGUUCAAGAAGGAUACUGGAAUGACAAAUCUCUUCCUUUUGCCACCCUCCCCAACAUAUACUGCCACAAAUCCUUUAGGAACAUCUGAGGAUAUUGAAGAACAUCUACGGGGACUUGGCCUGGGAAGGACACUUGGACAGAGAAUAGCCAUUUUCUUCUCUAGUUGAGCUGUAUGUGGGAAUUUUAUUUUUUGGGAAGUAUUCAAUAACAAUUGUGAGGCUUGGUUGGGUUGUGAACUAUCAAUAGCUUCUCUCUUUAUAUAGUUUGAAUGGUAUGCUUUGAUAUCCUUUACCAUGGUGAGUGUGUGGCCUGGAAUUCCAGCCGGAAACACUGUUAAUGAAGGUGAUGGUCCCUUCUGUCUUCCACCUAAUUAAGAAAUUAUAGGCUUGAAAACGUUUCUGUGCUGGCUAAUGUAUGAAGAUUGGGCGACAGUAGGUUGGAGCUGCAAACAAACCGAAGUCAAUGAAUCGUGAUAAAGGCAAGAGAGAUGGAUAGUUGGUGGUCUAUGUAGUCGUCAAUGGACUAGCAACACAAAUGGCCCAUUGCUGGAGACAAUCAAUGCACCAACAGUUUGAAAUCUUAUAGCAUGGAUAAAGAAAAGAACUUGCUGAAGCAGCAUGACCAUAAUUUUGAUCACAUUGUCGGCCAAAUAAAUAUUAAUUCCUAUCUCUUAUUUCCUAGAAACAAAGUUUGCAGGAAACAUCUAAAGUUAGCUGAGCUCCAAAUGCAGAUGGCAGCACCACCGGCCUUCUCAUAUAGAAUUCACAAUUCUCUGUCGGGGGAAAUGUUCCCCUUUGCUUUUCCUUUCUGGUGAGUCCUUCUCUUUAUUUAUUGCUGUGUUUUCUUCUUCUUCUUAAUAUGAAUUUUGCUUUGUUCUUAAGUUUGUAAGUUCAUCACGGUCAGCGCCAGUGUUUGGAGUGCUGAAGUUACCCUAAAAUUUUUUGUCUCUAAGGACAAAUGCACAUGAGUAUCAGGAAAGGGAACCAUGUACUUGUCGACGUCUAAAAUCUUGUGUGGAGUCCUUGUCUUGAUUUUCCUUCCUUAAUCCAUGAGUUUGCGGCACGCUAUGUAUCCUGGUAAAGUGCAGAACAAAUUGGAAAACACUGUCAAACUCUUGAUUCUGAGUUGAAUUGGAUGCAUAACCAUGUGAUCCGGCAACUGUCAUUAUACUCAGCAAGCCCCACUCCUAGCCCUUUCACCUCUCAACCACAUUUCCUAGACUCCUACCAUUCCAAUCAUUUAUGGACACAUGCAUCAUUAUCAAUCAAACCACUCAAAAACUUUCGUUUAACUGAUUUUUCUGGGUGGUCAUCUAAUCAGAGGGUUAUGAUUUAUGAACCAUUGCUGCUGUACUUCCUUUGAGGUAAAGAUGAACAUUGUCAACCACUCAACCUUCAGAUCUCUAGUUAAAUAUACAAUCAACUGUGUCAUUUCAA